GUAUUGCAUGCAUUCGAUUGCUUUCAUUUCUGCGCUGUGACAGUCCUGAGAUUGGGGGAUUAAUGCAUUUUUACGAGUGAUUUUGCGUGUCAUACUAGGGUAAAUGUUUCAUAAUACGUCCAUCACUGUGAGUGGACUCGCUGUUUUGCACCAACCGAGAUCAAGUUCCACUAGUUGAAACGUUGGUGGAAAGAUAAAGCUUGUAGGAUAUCGUAUGACCAAUGCAGGACUGGAGUAGGAGGAUCGGCUUCUUGCAUCCAGGGCUGGAGGAACACAAGCGCUGAUCCUCGGUCGAUUUAAACGGUCUGGCAAUUUAAAUUGAGAGACCUUGGGCAGAUCUAUACAUAAACUGGUACAAGCCGCACCACUGGCAGCAGACAAGGAGAUUCGUGCCUCUCUCGUCCGCUUCAUCAGUGCGCAUGGAUGAAAGUCACAGUUAAAAUGCAUGCGGCAAGUCUUGUCUGAUGUGGGAUUACCGAGUUUUCAUUCGCCCCCUUUUCUUUACCAUGUUCGAACUUUGGUUUUGGCUCUUUUUCCGAGAUGAUGCUGCUGAUUUCAGUCGCUGCUGGAAGAAUACAGGAGCCGGUUUUGCCGCGCGGGUUGUCACGUUAUUGGCCUGAAUGAGACUGUAUAUGUGCACUCCGAUGCCUUGUCUAUGGAGCUAAACACCGAGGAGACUUGACUUUAAGUAUUUUUUUUUUUCUUGUUGACAGCCGAGGGAAGGGCGGUCGGUGGAAAUCACGAAAUCCAUGUUUUCACAGAGGUUGGAGAAAAAAGAACGGGCACAGCCGUGAUUUUCGGGAUGCUUUGGCGUUUACCGGGAUCAGCACGAUGACACCUCAUACUGGUACCACACUUGAGUGAGCUGGGGCAUCCUCUCCCAGGAAAAAUGAAUAUCUGGAUCCUAAAAAUAAUCCUUCUGAUUGCAUCAUCUCUGAGGCUGGUCGAGAUGUAUGACAAUUAUGGGGAGAUCUGUCGAAACCUGUGUACGUGCGAGGAGAAGGAAGGGAUCCUGACAGUGAGCUGUGAGAACAGGGGGAUCAUCCGACUGACGGAGAUCAGUCCUGUCCAUUUCUCCACCUACCACCUCCUGCUGACAGGGAACCUCCUGAAGAAACUGUCAGUCAAUGAUUUCAUCAAUUACACAGGGGUGACCAUCCUGCACCUGGGGAACAAUGACAUCUCGGAGAUAGAGUCCGGUGCCUUCAAUGGACUCCAGGGAUUAAAAAGGUUGCAUCUGAAUAAUAACAAGAUCGACGCUCUGAGAGAUGACACCUUUGCAGGACUGGAGAGCUUGGAAUACCUUCAGAUUGAUUAUAAUUACAUUACUAAUAUAGAGCCCCACACCUUGAGCAAACUAUACCAACUGACAGUGAUGAUUUUGAACGACAACCUGCUCUCUGCCCUGCCCACGAACAUCUUCAGGAAUGUUCCGCUCACGCACUUGGACCUGAGGGGGAACCGGUUAAAAAUGUUCCCCUAUAUCGGCCUCCUGGAGCACAUGGACAAAGUUGUGGAAUUACAACUAGAGGAGAAUCCGUGGAAUUGCUCCUGCGAGCUGAUUGCCCUGAAGGCAUGGCUGGAGAGCAUAGCCUACACGGCUCUGGUGGGAGAAGUGGUGUGUGAGACGCCGUUCAGGCUCCACGGUAGGGACCUGGACGAGGUGUCCAAGCAGGAACUCUGCCCAAGAAGAACCCUGGAAGACACAGUCAGGCCUGCACCUCCUAGCAGCACCAAUGGAUAUUACCAGACCACACCUGCUGCUGUCACAGUCUCCGCCACCUCCUCGGCAGUUUUUAGGUCCUCCUCUAGGCCAACCAAGGGCACACGGCAAUUUAACAGAACCAGGUUAAAGCCCACUUCCCGAAUACAAGGCAGUAACCCUUACAAUUAUGGCCCCAUCAUUGCUUUUCAGACCAAAUCGCCUGUGCCUUUGGACUGUCCCACUGCCUGCACGUGCAACCUGCAGAUAUCUGAGAUUGGGCUAAAUGUCAACUGCCAAGAGAGAAAGAUUGAAAGCAUUUCUGAUCUAAAACCCAAGCCAUACAAUCCUAAAAAAAUGUAUCUCACUGGAAAUUACAUCCCUGUGGUACGGAGAUCAGAUUUUGUGGAUGCUGUUGGAUUGGAUUUGCUUCACCUGGGAAACAACAGGAUAAGUCUGAUCCACGACCGGGCUUUUGGGGAUUUAACCAACCUGCGAAGGCUGUAUUUGAAUGGUAAUCUCAUGGACAGGCUUACAGGAGAAAUGUUUUUUGGUUUGCAGAACUUGCAGUAUCUUUAUUUAGAGUACAACAAAAUCAAGGAGGUUGAUGCGGGAACUUUCCGCUACCUCCCUAAUCUGCAGCUGCUUUUCCUAAACAACAACCUCCUGAAAACCUUACCGGUGGGCAUCUUUUCCAGCCUCUCUCUGUCUAGGCUUAAUCUGCGCAACAACCAUUUCCAAAACCUGCCUGUGAGUGGUGUUUUAGAUCAGCUGAAGCUGCUGGUGCAAAUAGAUCUUUUUGAAAACCCCUGGGACUGCUCUUGCGACAUAGUAGGGAUGAAGAUAUGGCUGGAGCAGCUCAGCGCAGGCACUGUGGUUAAUGAGGUGGUGUGUGAAACGCCACGACGCCACACUGGAAUGGACGUGCGCUCCAUCCAGUCGGAUCAGCUCUGCCCGGACUACUCUGAUGCCUACGUCUCGCCAACGCCCCCCACGGACGAGCCCAUGGACGACUUGGUCGUCACCACAGACGCGCCACAGAAGUUCAACACCCCCAGCAGCACCGUCCCCCUCUCUGUCCUCAUCCUCAGCCUCCUGCUGGUGUUCAUCAUGUCCGUCUUUGUGGCCGCAGGGCUGUUUGUCGUUGUGAUGAAAAAGCGCAAAAAGUCCCAGAGUGACCGCACUAGCACCAAUAAUUCAGACGUCAGCUCUUUUAACUUGCAAUACAGUCUCUACAGCAACCGCUCCGGCCCCAAAGUCAAGGCCCCGGUGGGCCACGUCUAUGAGUAUAUUCCCCACCCCAUGGGCCACAUGUGCAAAAACCCCAUUUACAGGUCACGAGAAGGCAACACAGUGGAGGAUUACCGAGAUCUCCAUGAGCUCAAAGUCACGUACAGAAGUGCCCCGGAUGAUGAGAGGGACAGCAGCACGAUGAGGAGCCCUACUUACAGUGUUAGCACCAUUGAGCCACGCGAAAACCCCUCCCCUGUCCAGGAUGCGGACCAUUUCUUCAGAGGCAUCCUUGAGCACGACAAGCAGCCCCAUCCGUCAAUCCCAUCCAUCCCAGCAGGUGCCAAUUUAGAGUACAAGUACACGGGGCCUGUGUCGUACACAUACAACCCAAAUUUUGAUGUCAGACGUCAGUUCUUGCACCCAGAGAGGAUAAGAGAAACAGUGCUCUAUGGCACGACACCCAGUACUGUUUAUGUCGAGCCCAACAGAAAUGAAUAUUUGGAGCUAAAAGCUAAACUGCAGUCUGAGCCCGAUUACCUCGAAGUUCUUGAGAAACAGACCACCUUUAGCCAGUUCUGAGCAACAGAAUCAUUAAUGGAAUGAAGCAUUUUCUCUCUUGACCCUCCUUGAACAAAUGGCUCAGUUUAUAGGGUGCCUUGGCACAACACACACACACACACACACACACAAGCAAAAGCGAAGGAGUUUUAAACGGGGUGUGCCGAACAAUCUUAUUCUUAUUUCCGAAACAUGACAUUACAGGAAUGGAUACAGCUUUCUGAAACGUGGAUGAACAAAAUUGCUCUAAUUAACUGAUGAUGCAAAAUCUAUUUUUCUAUGGUGAACAAAAACACACAAAAUGUAAGUGUACAGGUAAAUCUUACCCAACUUCAUUUUCAGGAAUAUAACCAUACAUAAAGGUAUAUUGUGAAUCAGAAAAGAAAUGUUUAUAAAAUCACUCCUGGACAAAAACACUGUACAGCAGAUCAUCAAAAUUGUGUAGGACUAUUUUCUGCUGUAGUCUGUAAGUAAGUAUUUAUUGAUAUAAUCUGCCAUGUCUUUUCAAAACUUUUGAUUCUACAUCAAUAUUACCUGUGUCAUCAUACUCCAUGAUCGUCUGGAAAGGCUUAUGUUUGUAGUUUCAUUUACUGUAGCUCUGCAUUGUAAAAGUGGCUUUUUUUGAAAGUGGCACACCCCCAAUGUUAAAAAAAGACUGCGUCAUUUGAAGAAGAUGAAAAAAAAAAAAGUGUCUUUGUAUGCUUUCUGCACUUUUUGGAAUUGGAAGGCGGGUAAGCCUUCAAUGAGCUCUCAUAAAGGAGGUUAUUAUAUAAGAAAUGAAUAUGGGUAUUCAUUCUUAAUAUGUCAAAUUGAUAUGUUAUCAAAACAAAAAUUCAUAAAUGCUAUUUGAAGUAUUAACUCUGUUUUAAUCAAUGUAACACCUAUUUUUAUACAAGCAUUCGCAGAUUCUCUAUCCCUUCUCAACUAUUUGUUUUGAUUGCUUUGCACUUAUUGCACUAUAUUGACCAAACUAUGUUAUUGUCAUCAAAUAAACAUGAUGUCAGGUUCAUAUAAUGUGCUUACAAGAAAAAAAACAAGGCUGGUUGGUGAUGAUAUGAAGGAGGCCAAUUGGGUUUGUUCCAAUUUACUUUUACAUUCAGACAUCAAAUGAAAGUAUGAAUCAAAACAGUAUGAAAUAUGGGAAUUGAGAGCUUGAAAAUGGAGCUCCAGGGCUAAAAGUUAUUUAAUUCUGCAAUCAAAAUGGGAAUACAUUGGCUGGUAAGAAUUAGUUGUGUGUUCUUAAUCAAAGCAGAUAAAGGUAUAGUAUAUAUGUCUCACUCAAAGGGGCAGCACGGGUCUCUCUGCUGGUGUAAGCAUUGGAAUCAAUAUAUUUCAAUCAAUGAGCAUUAUCUGAGGCUGUCCCUUUGCAAUAAUACCAUGACAACAGCAUCCACCUGGCAAGCAAAGGUUGGCCACUUUUUAAUAAACAUCAAUGGAGUUGACUUGAAAUUGAAUGCAAUUUUAGCAACCUGACAAAGCUGCUGGAUUAAGGGCUUGGUGUCUCAACCAUUUCUCUUUCUUUCUGAUCACUUUAUUAAUUGGUUGCAUAUAUGAACAUCUUUUAGACAUAUUUCUUAACUUAAAAGAUAUUGAGAGGAUAUGAAUGCAUGUUUUUUUUUAAAGUCUUUUAAGCACUUGUUUAGAUUUUUGCUCAAGUCACGCUGAAAUCACAUUUGGUCAUCCCUUUUUGUUGUAAAAAAAAAAUGUGUUUUUAGUUUAUUAUUAUUAAAAGGAAGAAAAACUGAUUUGGGGGGAAUAUCAGAAAUGCUUGCGGGCCGUGUCAGUGUUUAUGAUUGAUUGACAGCAGUGUUCCACCGUAGAGAACCGGAGAGUAGCACACACGUCAUGGGCAGACUGUGUUAUUAGUGGUGUUAUGAAAGUAAGAUCCAUACCAGCAUCUAAAUGGACUGAUGUGACAUUCACAGUUGCAUUCUGUUUAAUGUGCCGCAGCUACGCAGCUAAUUAGCAAUCUUCCCCAGUGUAUGUUGGUUUGGUGACUUGUUCACAAGUAAUGGGGAUUUUAGAAGGAAAACUAAAGUGGGCUGUUGUUGCCUAUAGCUCUUGUGUUGUGUAGCAGGCUGCUGUCAGACCAAGUAUGACCGUCUGCCCUGCAAGAUUUGAUUGGCUUUAUUGAAAUAAGGUCUCCAUCUACGCAGAAGUCAAAUUAAUGUAAAACUAUCAUGACACAACAUAAUGUAUAUGUAAAUAUCUCCUUGGGCUGUAGCAAAAAAAUGCAAUUUCAUUUCAGUUGGACUUUAAGUUACUCUUCACUUGACCCACUUAAAUCCAAUAUGCAAAGUAGGUCUAUAAAAAUGCAAAGGAUGCACCGUGCCACCAUUUUCAGUGUGGGGUGAGCAUCACCAUUUAGGAAUUCAACGUUCAACUGAGACAGGCAGGGAUCUCUCUCAGUUUUAAUCUAUCCCUUAUAUCCUCAUCCAGAAGGACCAGUUUGGGUUAUUCUGAAUUUAUAAUUAGACCCGGGAAAAAGCAGUGCAUUUUUCAGUAAUUUUCACUUAAAUUUAAAGAGGUGCCAGCGAGAAAAAAAAGAAA